GCGCAUGUCAGAGAUCAAAGUCAAACGGGUGGGCUCCUUUCGCGGCGCUCCGACCGGACGGUUAGGACCAUAGACUGUAGACAAAAAGGAUAGGACCUAGGACCAGACCAACAGCAGUCGCCUCUCCUCGUCAACUUACCUUCACACUUUUAGCGUGCUAUGGAGACUGUUGCCCUGCCAAUGUGGUGAGUGCAAUGAGGGGAGGACAGGGAAAUAAAGUCAGGGCCACAAGACAACCAGAAUCGACCAAUGUGAGAAAACCAACAACAGAAGUAUAAAGGGAACAAAGGAAACGUGAUAUAAGAAGACACUGAAAUGUUUUCUUCUCGUCCUCUUCCACUGGCACAGGAGAUACAGUGUGAGUUGGAUAUGAGUCUGCUUUCCUGGGAUCGUGGGGAGCUUGACCAGACUGGACAUGGUAGGCCAGGGGACAUUGGCCCCGAGGAGGCCCAUAUGAGACAGUUCACAGUGGCUAGGCUGGGCAGGGUGAAGCUGCUGGCAUGUGGAUCCAGUCACUCCAUUGUGAUUACAGUGGACAACAAGAUCUUUGCGUGGGGAAAUGGCACCAGUGGACAGCUCGGUGAUGGAGAGAGGUCAGUAAAGGACCAGCCAGUCGAGGUCAAGUUACCACAGGAACCGAACUUUAAAGGAAGUGACGCAGAUGUGGAUGUCGUCAAUAUAGUUGGUGUGGCCUGUGGAAGCAGACACUCCUUCAUAUGGACUGAAACUGGUCAGGCCUACAGUUUUGGGAACAACUUUUACGCCCAGCUUGGCUAUGACUUCCAGAGAGCUGACUUCAAAGAGCACCAGCUGGCACCACGUUUGUUCCAGAGUCUUCCAUCAUCUCUGAAAAUAUCUCAAGUGGCCUGCGGAGAGCGACACACUCUGUUUGCGCUGGAGGACGGCAGUGUGGCGGCAUGUGGGCAGAAUGAUUAUGGACAAAUAGGCUGUGGGUCUAAUGAAAAUGUGGUCGUCCCUCGCUUUGUGGAGUGUGUGCACCAUGUGUCGAAGGUCACCUGUGGUUCAAACCACAAUCUUGCCCUGACAGGUGACGGCAGGUUGUUUCAGUGGGGCUGUGGACGGGCAUGUGGGAACAUAAAGAGGAACAUCCUGUUCCCAGAGGAAGUGACGCUAUCAAGCUCGGCAGUGAGAGACAUUGCUGGAGGAUGUUGGCAUAGCCUGCUUCUAACAGAUGGUGGGAAUGUCUUUUCCUGGGGGAUGGGGCAAGAGGGACAGCUUGGACUUGGAGACGACAGGAUUCAGAUCUCCACCCCUUGCCUUCUGAGCUAUUCUCAGCUAGCUGAGGUCACACAGAUACAAGCUGGGGACAGCUACAGUGCAGCCGUCGCAGGUGGAGAGCUGCUUCUCUGGGGUCAGAUCCCCUGUGUGUGCUGGGUCAGUGAUCAUCCAGGCCUCAAAAGACUCUGGACCCCCCAGCCUGUUCCACUGGCAGGCAGAAAGGUGUGUGAUGUGGCCUGUGGUACCUGGCAUAUGAUGGCCCUCAUCACAAGAAGCAGAGAGAAGAACAGAGAAUGUGCUCACCCAGAAACUGAAUCUCAAUUCAGAGACCCUGUCAGCAAUCCCCUACCGACAGAGUGUACAGAGAAGGAAAACAAAGUGCAGGCCUCCAGGCAGGUUCAACACAAGCUGCUUCAAGGUAUGGGGAGACCAGAGGGCUCUGAGGAGCAGGAGAAAGAUGAAGCGAGUGAAAGUGCAGAGGAAGAAGAAAGACAUGACGAAAGACUAAACAAAGAUGAGGGAGAUGGAGCGUUACACGAUUCAGCAUUUGCUAUAGCGAGGUCUGCAGCUGGGAUGGACAGGAGAGGAAAUGGCCACUCAUCAAUCAAAUCCAACCAGGGGGAUGAGAGGGAGGGUUGCAAGACAGCAGGGCCGUGGGAGCUGUGGAAAGAACCAUGCAAAAGCAGAGGAAGCAGAGACAUAGUCUUCACCACUGUGCAUGUUUUACCCAGGUCACAGUCAGAGCGAUGCAGGCCCACUGCCGGCACCUUGCCCCGGCUACUGACAGGACAACAAGCUCAUUGCAGAGUUUUAGCUGAGGUUCAUAAGGAGGGAUCUACACAUCUGGCUGAAUUGGCCCAACAAUCUGGAAGUGAAAGCAGAAUUUUGCAGAGUCCAAGGCUAAGACCCAAACCUAGACCUCCUGGGGGAUGUACAGGUCCUGCGGCUCAGAGCGUAGCCUUGUGUCACCGUUCAAGAAUUCUUAACUCUGGCCUCAAGUCUUUGAUUUUUAAUUCUUCUCACCAUCUGAGCCCUGGACAGCAAGUUCAGACAUCCUCCCCUUCCUUUCACCCGAGGCCACAAGUCGAAACCCCCCUUUCUCCGACUCCUUUCUCUUCUGAACGAUUCAGGUACAGUCCCAUACACAGAAGAGUGGCUUCUUCCUUUGACACUUCUUGGGAGAAUCUAUAAGAAUCCACAGAUCCAGUUAUGUGAUGUUUUAAUGUUUGAAACAUGUAUAUUUACCCUUUUAUGUCAGGUUAAAUGAAAUAUUUGAAAUCUGUUGUGAAUAAUAUUCGUCGUAUCUCCACCCAGACAAUACAAAGCUCAUCCAUAAAGUCAUCAGAGAAUGUGCACUCUAUUAUCUACUUAAUAAAGCUAAAUACUUUUGGCUCCAAGGUGACUGACAAACAGCCUCUUCUGCUCUGUAAGAGCUCUCCAAAGCAGACUCCAGAUCAGCAUUAAUGGACUCCACUUUACCCCACAUUGUGAUUUGGCAAAUAUGCUCCUCUUACAAACCAUCUCAGUCAAUGACACACAUGAACCUUGACCUUAUCUAAAAGCAUUAGACUUUGGUCUUACAGUCAAAGCCAUGUGUAGAGUCCUUAAAUCACCACAUUUCAACAGAACUUGAGAGGGUUGAGUUUUUUGCAGUACAUACUACUGAGCUGCAUUAUUUUUAAUACUUACCUUCUGUUGUUUAUUAAAGACAUAACGCCCUCUCAGAUCUUGGCCUCUUGUAAGACAUUUCACGGUGGAGUGUUUUCAUGGCUGCCCGUCUCUGCAGUAUAAGUCACAUGUGCAUGCUGUGUUGGCUCUUUUGAGUAUGAUGAAAUGUAGUUGUUGCACAGAUACUAUUUGAGGAGGUUUCUCAAAGUAAAGUAGGAUCAUAACUGCAAAGAGAGCUGCCUUUGAAUUUGCUUUGUGGCUUUGCUUUGUUUUGUUGCUUUUUUGUUCCUUAAAAAGAGGCUCUUGAUUAGCCUUGUACUGUAUACAAACUGGUUCAUUGCCACAGUGCAGACCACAACCACGUGGUAAUUCCUCUUGUCAGGAUUUCAUUUUAAGUGGCAAGUAGUGUUUUUUUCAUUAUCAACAUUUACAUUUAACUAAAAGGACCUUUUGUCAAUAACUUGGGACUGUGUAACACUGUAUUACUCUGCUAUCUGUAUUUAAGAGUUAUGUUGAUAUACUGAAAGUAUAUGUUAUUUUCUCCUGUUUUGCUUUCAUCACAGUAGUUGUCAUUUGAGUUGGACAAAGAAUACAAAUGGACAUCAAAGCUAUUCAUUACCAUGAUCCCAGUUUUUAAAGGUAAAAAUAGAUGCUAAUAGUUAGUUUUGUGAACCUUAGUAAAGGUAUUUAAAAAGGUUACUGGAUUGCUGCUCUAGGAGUGUGAUGAGUAAACUAAUAAAAGUGCUUCUGAAUUGAA